CUCUAGUAAGCAAUGUAAGAAUAUAUUAUAAAAGGUUAUCGAUGUCAAACAACACUUUGAUCGAUGUCUCCUUUACUUUCGUAUCACUUCUAGUCAGUAUUACUUUAUACGAUCUUUAUGACAUGUCAUUUAUCGUUGACAGUCGUUACUAAAUCUCGAUCAGCGAUACUACAGCGCGUAGUCAGUGACAGAUAAUAAUACAAUCAGGGAUCUGAAUAGGGUGCCCAUUUUCAGACGUAUGAACGGUCGAAUUUUCCCGAUAAUCAAUUUUCGAGAGAGAAACUCGUGAUUGCGUUCGUAUCUCUCGAGUCGAUUAACCUUAUCACGCUUGCCAGAUUAGCGUCAAUCGUUUAGAUGAGUGUUUCUGCCAGUGUCAGCCGAUGGUGAACAUAUCCUGUGUGUUGUCUAGAAAAUGAUGGUCACUGUGAUCCAGGCGAAGCUCGCGUCGAUGAUCAUCAUUGGCGUCGGCAGCUUUGUUGUAGGUGUUGCACCGGCAUGUUUCGUUUCGCGCGUACGGUACCUUCAGCAGAAACUCCUACUUUCCUGCACUUUGUGUUUUGGUGGUGGCGUUUUAUUCGCAACCGCCGUUCUGCACAUGUUACCGGAAACUCGCGAAUCUAUGUCCAAAUAUGCGGAAUUACUCUUCUCUUGCGGUUUUCUUCUUUUAUACUUCAUAGAUGAAUGUGUUCAUUAUUUUUGGGGCAGUGAUGAUCAGCAUGUUUCUCAGCCAAAUCGUCAUGAAACCUGCAAUUGGAACACUGGAAAUCAGAUGGAACGAUGCCAGAGUCAUCCGCAGCAAGUGAGCUAUACUGUGGGUAUGCGGAGCGUCAGAGGCAUUUCCGGGACCGAUUUUAAUUCGAAACCGUCUUACCAGACGAACCUAGCCGGAAAUGGAGCGGGCAGCAGUUGGAAAAACAGCACUUACGGGGCAAUACAACAUAUGCCGUCUGCACCAGCUCGUUACGACGACGAGACGUUCUUAUGCCAUGGCAAUCAUUCGGAGCCGUGCGCAGAUUCCAAUACUAACCUUAUGGGACUUUUAUCAGCACUCACCGUCCACGCUAUACUCGAGGGACUAGCGAUUGGCUUGCAGAAGGUUACCUCUGAGGUGUUCCUGUUGGUUGGAGCCGUCGCUUCCCAUAAGUUCGUCGUUGGAUUCUGCUUAGGAUUAGAGUUAGCUGGAGCCAACAGCGGCCUUCUUAGGCUACUACUAGCGAUCUUUGUGUUCUCCGCUGGAUCCGCGCUUGGUAUAGGAAUUGGAAUGUUAACAUACAAGGUAAAGAAUAAGUGGACGGAGGUGGCUAUACCGAUUCUGCAAGGUUUAGCAGGUGGAACAUUGUUGUACGUGACGGUUAGCGAAAUCUUGCCAAGGGAGAGAGCAAGAUGGCACAAAAGCCCUCGACGCUUCGCUGGUAUUUUGCAGCUUCUUUCCGUGAUUCUUGGUUUCGUUAUUAUCUUCCUUCUGAAUAACUACAUGGGCACGUGA